GCUCCGAAGCGGAGCGCGAAAGCGUGCACGGGAGCGAGAGAGCGCGCGAAGUUUGGCCGCUAUGAGGCGAGCGCCUGGGCUUCCACUCUUGUUCCUCACAGUCGCCCUGAGCUGGUGUGGUUCCUUAUUUGGGCAGCCCCGAUGGCCGCAGCAGCAACAAGCAGCGCCGCAACAACGAGGUUUGUUUCCUGCAGUGCUGAACUUGGCUUAUAAUGCUCUCAUCACCACAAAUGCUACCUGUGGUAAAAGAGGUCCAGAAAUGUACUGUAAAAUGGUGGAACAUGUCCCUGGCCAGCCAGCAAGAAACCCUCAAUGCCGUAUCUGUGACCAGCUUAGUAGGAAUCCUAACUUGAGACAUCCCAUAUCGAAUGCAAUUGAUGGCAAGAAUACAUGGUGGCAAAGUCCUAGCAUUCAAAAUGGAAUGGAAUAUCACUACGUGACCAUCACACUUGACUUACGGCAGGUAUUCCAAAUUGCUUAUGUCAUUGUAAAAGCAGCUAAUUCACCACGGCCUGGAAACUGGAUUUUGGAGCGUUCAUUAGAUGGUAACAAUUAUGAACCCUGGCAGUACUAUGCUAUCACAGAUACAGAAUGUCUGACUCGUUACAACAUCACCCCUCGCACUGGGCCUCCUUCUUAUGCAAAAGAUGAUGAAGUUAUAUGCACUUCGUAUUAUUCCAAAAUCCAUCCUCUAGAAAAUGGAGAGAUUCAUACAUCCUUAAUCAAUGGGCGACCAAGUGCAGAUGAUCCUUCUCCAACACUAUUGGAGUUUACAUCAGCUCGUUAUAUUCGCUUAAGAUUUCAAAGGAUACGGACACUAAAUGCGGAUUUAAUGAUGCUUGCACACAGAGAUCUCAAUGAAAUUGAUCCAAUAGUCACAAGGAGGUAUUAUUAUUCUGUGAAAGACAUCUCAGCGGGAGGAAUGUGCAUCUGUUAUGGCCAUGCAAAAGCAUGUCCAUUGAAUCCAGCCACAAAUAGAUCUUCUUGUGCAUGUGAACAUAAUACUUGUGGAGAAAGCUGUGAUCGGUGUUGUCCUGGAUUUAAUCAGAGACCAUGGCAAGCUGGGACUUUCCUUGUAAAACAUGAAUGUGAAGCUUGCAACUGCCAUGGGAAGGCAGAAGAAUGUUAUUAUGACCAGACGGUGGCAGACAGAAAGCAGAGUUUGAAUAUCCAUGGAGAAUACCUUGGAGGCGGAAUAUGCAUUAACUGUACCCAGAACACUGCGGGCUUCAAUUGUGAAACAUGCAUUGAUGGAUACUUCAGGCCAAAAGGGGUUCAUCCAAAUGAUCACCAACCAUGUCAGCCGUGUCAGUGUUAUUCUGUGGGCUCUUUAGAUGGCACUUGUGUCAAGGAUGAAAAGCAAGCUACAGGAGGUAUGCACCCUGGAUCUUGUCACUGUAAGCCAGGUUUUGGAGGAGAGAGAUGUGAUUGGUGUGCAUUGGGCUACAAAAACUUUCCUUACUGUGUGCCCUGCAAUUGCUCUCUGAAAGGCAGCUUGAAUGAUGAUCCUUGUGAAGGACCUUGCAGGUGCAAGGUUUAUGUUGAAGGAAAGAACUGUGAUCGCUGUAAAGCCGGCUUCUUUAACUUGCAACAAGACAACCCCCAGGGCUGUGAGGCAUGUUUCUGCUCAGGAAUAACAAAUGACUGUACAGAUUCUCACUGGACUUACAGCACGAUUAUGGACAUGAAUGGCUGGCAUUUGACUGAUGAAUGGGGUCUUGCUAAAAUUACUCCUCAGCAGGACACUUUCGAUGGACCUCAGCAACUGAGCAUCAGUAACACAGUUGCAAGAACUGUUCUGCAGCCUAUUUAUUACUGGAGUGCACCCAGUCCUUAUUUGGGUAACAAAAUAACAGCAGCUGGAGGACAUCUGAAAUUUACUGUUUCAUAUGACCUCGCUGGGGAAGAAGAUAUUGCUGAGGCCAUCCUUCAGCCCGAUGUCAUCAUAGAGGGAAGUGGGUUGAGAAUAAGGACUUCGCAGGAAGGGAUUCACCUGAAUCCAUUUGAAGAGCACACAGAAGAAGUCUUACUGAAGCACAACUUAUUCAUGCUGCACGGCAUUCCUGUCAGCAAAAGGGAAUUUAUGACUGUUUUGGCGAAUAUAAAAAGACUCCUUAUAAGAGCCACAUACAGCAAUGGGAUGAAUGCCAUCUACAGAUUGAGUGGUGUCGGCCUGGAAUCUGCUAAUGACUUAUUGACUGGACAAAAAGAUGCAUCUGCUGUUGAAAUUUGCCAGUGUUCUUCAGGAUAUUUGGGCUCCUCCUGUGAAUCAUGCUGGCCGGGGCACAGGCGAGUUAACGGCACUAUCGUUGGUGGAAUCUGUAAGCCAUGCACUUGUUUUGGUCACGCAGAGUCCUGUGAUGAUAUCACCGGAGAGUGCCUGAACUGCAAACACAACACAGGUGGUCGAUAUUGUGAUAGAUGUCUUCCUGGUUUCUAUGGAGAUGCUACUAAAGGGAAAGCUGAUGAUUGCCAGCUGUGUGCCUGCCCACUGAGUAUAUCUUCAAACAAUUUUAGCCCCACGUGUCAUUUGGACCAAACUCAUGGAUUCAUUUGUGAUGGAUGUCCCUCUGGGUAUGCUGGCUUACGCUGUGAAAGGUGUGCAGAAGGCUAUUUUGGACAACCUUCAAAACCAGGGGGAUUGUGCCAGCCUUGCCAAUGUAAUGACAACCUUGACUUCUCCAUUCCUGGCAGUUGUGACAGCUUGUCUGGAGCUUGUCUUAAAUGUAAGCCAGGUACAACAGGCCAGUACUGUGAGAAGUGUGUUGACGGGUAUUUCGGAGAUGCUCUUGAUGUAAAGAAAUGUCAAGCCUGCAGCUGCAAUAUUAAUGGCUCAUUUUCAAAAGUCUGUGACUCUAAGACUGGACAAUGUCAUUGCAAACCCAAUGUUCUGGGACGUCAGUGUAAUCAGUGUAAGUCUGGUACCUUUGGUGUGCAGUCAUCAAGAGGAUGUCUCCCUUGCAAUUGUAAUUCAUUUGGAUCAAAAUCAUUUGACUGUGAUGAAACCGGACAGUGCCACUGUCAACCAGGUGUUGGAGGAAAGAAAUGUGACCAUUGUGCUCAUGGAUUUUAUGGUUUUGAGGAAGGAGGAUGCACCCCUUGUCAAUGUUCCCAUCUUGGUAAUAAUUGUGACCCACAUACGGGCCGUUGCAUCUGCCCUCCCAAUACUACAGGGAACCGAUGUGAAAAAUGUGUACCGAACCACUGGGGUCAUGAUAUUAUCAGUGGAUGCAAGGCCUGUGAUUGCAGCGUAGCUGGAUCCCUCAGCUUCCAGUGCAACCCUGAUACUGGCUGCUGUUUCUGUCGUCCAGAAUUCUCUGGCGAUAAAUGCACUGAAUGCAGACUAGGCUAUCGGAAUUUCCCACAAUGCAUUGCCUGUGAAUGCCUGGUCGCGGGGACCGAGCCCCAGACUUGCGAUACAGAAAUGGAAAAGUGUUCUUGUGCUGAUCAUACAGGACAGUGCACCUGUAAAAUGAACGUGGAAGGCAUCAACUGUGACAGGUGCAAACCUGGCCGAUUUGGACUCUCUGCCAAAAACCCACUUGGCUGCAACAGCUGCUACUGCUUUGGCCUGACAUCAGAAUGCAGUGAGGCAAAGGGACUGGUCCGUGUGUGGCUGACUCUGAAGCCAGACCAGGUUGUCCUUCCUUUGGCUGAUGAAAAUGUCCAGCACCAAACUACCAAAGGGAUUAUAUACCAAUAUCCAGAAACAAUUGCAAAUAUUGAUUUAGUAAUGCAAGAUCUACAUUCAGAACCAUUUUAUUGGAGGCUUCCAGAACAAUUCGAAGGAAAGAAGCUGAUGGCUUACGGAGGAAAGCUGAAAUAUGCUAUAUUUUUUGAAGCAAGGGAAGACACGGGUUUUGCAACUUACAAUCCCCAGAUCAUAAUCAGAGGUGGGCUUCCCACACAUACACGGAUUAUUGUCAGGCAUGUGGUUGCUCCUCUGAAUGGCCAGUUGACAAGGCACGAGAUAGAAAUGACAGAGUAUAAUUGGAAAUACUAUGGUGAUGAUCCAAGGAUCACACAGACUGUGACCCGUGAGGAUUUCAUGGAUGUCCUGUACAACAUUCAUUACAUACUAAUCAAAGCAACUCAUGGCAGGUUCAUGAGACAAAGCAGAAUUUCUGAGAUUAGCCUGGAAAUUGCAGACACAGGAAAUGUAUCAGGAAGAACUCCAAGUGCCCAAUUGAUUGAGCAAUGUAACUGUCCUGUGGGCCAUUUUGGUUUGUCAUGUGAGGCCUGUUCUCCAGGUUUUUAUAGACUUGCUUCUCCAUAUACUGGCAGAAGGCCAGGUCCUGCCCUAGGAGCCUGUGUCCCUUGUUCAUGCCACAGGCAUAGUGAAAUGUGUGACCCCGAAACCUCAAUUUGUCAGAACUGUCGUCACAACACAUAUGGGGACCACUGUGAAAGAUGUGCACUUGGAUUCUAUGGGAUCGUUAGAGGAAAUACCAAUGACUGUCAGCCUUGUGCCUGCCCUUUGACCAUGUCAAGCAACAAUUUCAGUCCCUCAUGUGUUAUUGAAGGAGUUAACGAUUACCGAUGUACAGCUUGCCCACCUGGAUAUGAAGGACAGUACUGUGAAAGAUGUUCUCCUGGAUACACCGGGAACCCCAAAAUUCCUGGUGGAUCUUGUCAAGAAUGUGAGUGUCACCCACAUGGUUCGCUACCUGUUCCUUGUGACCCUCUCACCGGACAAUGUGUGUGCAAGCCUGGAUCUACUGGCUGGAAGUGUGCAGGAUGUGAAGCCUGGCAUGCUCGUGAAGGCAUAGCAUGUGUUUCUUGCGAUGAUGAGUGCACUGGUGUCCUUCUUCGUGACUUGGAUCAAUUAAAUCAGAUGACUCUAACUGUUAAUCUUAGUGGACCACUUUAUCCACCAUAUAAAAUGCUUUAUUCUUUUGAAAACACAACCCAAGAAUUAAAGCAUUUAUUGUCACCUCAGCAAGCACCAGAAAGAGUUCUUAAUUUGGCACAGAAGAAUUUAGAUACUCUUGUGGUAGAAAUGGAUGAACUGCUGACAAGGGCGACCAAGGUGACAGCAGAUGGGGAACAAACUGGACAGGAUGCUAAGACAACUAAUGAGAGAGCGAAGUCGCUUGGACAGCUCAUCAAAGUCACCCUCCAGGCUGCAGAAGGUGUAAAUGAUGCUGCUUCAAAACUGAAUGAGACUCUUGGGAUCCCAGAGAAGGCACUUGACAAAAGCUUUCAAGAAUUACAGAGUGAAGUUGACAAAAUGAUGGCAGAACUUAGGAAGAGAAAAUUGGAAUUGCAAAAGGCAGUAGCUCAAGAUGAAUUAGAAUCAGCAGAAGACCUCUUGAAGAACAUGCACAAGUUAUUUGUAGAGCCAAAGAAGAAAACUGAGGACCUGAAAAACGAAGUCAAAGAGAAACUAGCAGACUACCAUGAUAAAAUUGAUGAUGCUCUGAACCUGUUAAGAGAAGCAACUAAUAAAAUUCGGGAAGCGGACAGACUAUCAGCAAUCAACCAAAGAAACUUGACGGCAGUAGAGAAAAAGAAGCAAGGUAUAGAAAACGGACGACAGGAAACUGAAAAUACUCUAAGAGAAGGAAAUGACAUCCUUGGUGAAACUAAUGAACUUGCAAAUGGAAUCAAUUUGGCUGUGGAGAACAUAGAUAAUAUUAAGAAUGAAAUAGGCCCACUUUCUGUUGAGCUAAAGGGUAAAAUAGAUAAUCUCUCUGGAAAUAUCAAAAAAAAGAAGCUUCCAGAAAAGGUACUGCAGGCAGAAGCCCAUGCUGCCCAGCUGAAUGAUUCAUCUGCUAUUUUGGAUGGAAUCCUUGAUGAAGCUAAAAACCUCUCCUUCAAUGCAACAAUAGCUUUUAAGGCCUACAGCAAUAUCAAGGAGCAUAUUGAUGAAGCGGAUGCAAUUUCUAAAGAUGCUAAAGCUCGUGCCAAUGAAGCCAUACAACUGGUAAGAGAAAAUCUCUUGAGGACCUUAAUGAAAGCCACUCUCUCAAAUAAUCUUCUUCAGGGCUUAGAUACUAAUACAGCAGCCAAAGUACAAGCAGUUAAAGACAAAGCCAAGCAAGCUAAUGAUACUGCAAAUGAGGUACUGGCUAAAAUCAGAGAUCUCAAUCAAAACCUCCUUGGAUUAAAAGACAGAUACAGAAAAGUUGCAGAUGAUGCAGCCAAAACAAAUGCUAUGUUGAAAGAUCCUACUAAAAAUAUUGCUGAUGCAGAUGACACUGUUAAAAAUCUGGGCAAAGAAGCAGAUCGGUUGAUGGAUAAAUUGAAACCAAUCAAACAACUUCAAGAUAAUCUGGGGAAGAACAUUUCUCACAUUAAGGACCUGAUAAAUCAAGCCAGGAAGCAAGCCAAUUCUAUUAAAGUAUCCGUAGCCUCAGGAGGAAACUGUAUUCGAACAUACAGACCAGAAAUUAAAAAAGGAUUGUACAACACCGUUAUUCUCAAUGUAAAGACAACUGUUCCUGAUAAUCUACUUUUUUAUCUUGGAAGUAACAGAUACACUGAUUUCUUGGCCAUAGAAAUGCGUAAAGGAAAAGUGGAUUUCUUAUGGGAUGUGGGAUCUGGUGUUGGGCGUGCAGACUAUCCGGAUCUCACAAUUGAUGAUGGAGUUUGGUACCGAAUUGAAGCAUCAAGGCAAAAAUCUGACGCUGUUAGAGUCACUACUUUCACAGGAUGCAUGGGGGAAACCUAUUUAGACAGCAAACCAAUAGGGCUAUGGAAUUUCAGAGACAUUGAAGGAGAGUGUAAAGGCUGUGCUGUCAGCCCCCAGGUGGCAGAUGGUGAGGGAACUGUUCAGUUUGAUGGAGAAGGUUAUGCUACCGUUAGUCGUCCCAUAAGAUGGAACCCCAAUAUCUCCAUGGUCAUGUUCAAAUUCAAGACAUUUUCUUCUACUGCUCUCCUGAUGUAUCUUGCUACUCUAGACUUGAAGGAUUUCAUGAGCAUAGAACUGAGUGAUGGGCAUAUUAAAGUCAGCUAUGAUCUAGGCUCAGGAACAGCUUCAGUUGUCGGUAACUGGAGCCACAAUGAUGGGAAAUGGAAAUCAUUCACCUUGUCAAGAAUUCUGAAACAAGCUAAUAUAUCAAUUGUAGACAUAGAUUCUAACAACGAAGAAAUCAUACCUGCAGUUUCUCCAGGAAAGCAUUUUGGCCUCAAUCUGAAAGCUGAUGAGCCCAUUUAUUUUGGUGGAUUGCCAUCGCUGAGAAGAAACCUAAGUAUGAAAUCAAGACCAGAAGUAAACACAAAGAAAUAUGCAGGCUGUCUCAAGGAUAUUGAAAUUUCCCGGACACCAUAUAAUCUUUUAAGUAGUCCUGACUAUCUUGGCAUUACCAGAGGGUGCAUAUUGCAGAAUAUCUACACAGUCAGCUUUCCUAAACCUGGCUUUGUGGAGAUGCCUCCAGUCUCUCUUGAAGUGGGAACAGAAAUUCACCUGUCCUUCAGUACUAAAAAUGAAUCUGGUAUCAUACUCUUUGGUACUAAUGAAAUAUCUGUACCUCCAAGAAGGAAACGCAGACAAACAGGGCAGGUGUAUUAUGCUGUAUUCCUGAAUGGAGGUCGACUUGAAGUACAUAUUUCUACUGGAGUAAGAGAUCCACGCAGGAUCAUUGUGAAACCUGAGUCUGGUGAAUUUCAUGAUGGCAAAGAACACUCCCUUUGGUUGGAGAGACUUGGAGGGCUGUUUGCCAUUCAAGUAGAUGAGGACAGAAGACAGUCCCAGCGACUCCCAACAGAUCAGCCUAUGUCCAUUAAAGGGCUUUUUGUGGGAGGAACACCACCUGAAUUUCACAUACCCCCUAUUAAAAACAUACCUGCAUUUGAUGGCUGUAUAUGGAACCUGGUUGUCAAUGCUGUUCCAAUGGAUUUCGCCCAAUCAGUAGCCUUUAAAAAUGCAGAUAUAGGACAGUGUCCUGAUUUAGGACCAGAUCAUGAAACGGAGCAUGAAGAUCCAACCCCCCAGACAACAAGUCAUCCUGAACCAGAGGAGGAAGAAAGUAAAGCAAGUACAACUCCUCCUCCUCCUCCUCCUCCUUUCCCACCUUUACCUGAAUUGCUUGCGGCUGAAGUGAAGAGCGCCAGUAGUUCAGCUGACUUUCACCUGACGGAACAUUGUGCUGAUGAUGUGGAACCCAUUACCUUGGAAGGGGGCAAGCAAUUUGGCCUCUCAAGAAACAGCCAUAUUGCAGUUGCCUUUGAUGACACAAAAGUUAAGAACAAACUCACAAUAGAACUUGAAAUCAGAACAAAGGCUGAAAAUGGGCUGCUUUUCUACAUGGCUCGGAUCAAUCAUGCUGAUUUUGCCACUAUCCAGAUAAAAAAUGGUUUUCCGUAUUUCAGUUAUGACCUUGGGCAUGGGAACACAAGCACUAUGAUUCCCAACAAAAUCAAUGAUGGCCAGUGGCACAAGAUAAAAAUAUUCCGAAGCAAACAGGAAGGGGUCCUGUCAGUUGACGGAACUACAAAUAGGACCACUAGCCCAAAGAAAGCUGAUAUUUUGGAUGUUGUGGGGAUGCUGUAUGUUGGAGGAUUGCCAAUUAACUAUAUAACAAGAAGAAUUGGUCCGGUAGUCUACAGCAUUGAUGGAUGUAUACGAAACUUUCAAAUGACAGAAGCUCCCAUUGAUCUGAAUAAUCCUACCUCCUUCUAUAAUGUUGGAAGAUGCUUUGUCAAUCCACAGGAAGGAACCUACUUUGCAGGGACAGGAUUUGCCAAAGCAGUUGGAGCAUAUAAAGUGGGACUAGAUUUACAGGUGGAAUUUGAAUUCCGUACAACACGGACAAAUGGUGUUCUAUUGGGAAUCAGCAGUCAAAAAAUGGAUGGCCUUGGCAUUGAGUUGGUAGAUGAAAAUGUUAUGUUCCAUGUCGAUAAUGGUGCCGGUCGGUUUUCGGCCAUUUAUGAAACUGCUAUACCAGGGAGUUUGUGUGAUGGGCGGUGGCACAGAGUUGUGGCACACAAGAUAAAGCAUCGUUUAAUGCUGACAGUGGAUGAUCAGCAUGUGGAAGGGAUCAGUCCUAAUGCAGCUUCAACUUCAGCAGAGACAAACGAUCCUGUCUUCGUUGGAGGAUAUCCUGAUGGAUUGAAGCAGUUUGGCCUGACCACUAACAUUCGAUUCAAAGGCUGCAUUAGGUCUCUGAAACUCAUCAAAGGGGCAGCUAAACCACUGGAGAUUAACUUCAGCAAGGCCUUGGAAAUAAAGGGAGUGCAACCUCUGUCCUGCCCAGGGAAUUAAAGAGAAAAACCAUCAAAUUGCAAUAGGAAUCCGAGCAGUAACGCUAACAAAAAGAUUCUUUUACAAAUAUGCCUGUGAUAUAUUCCAAUACUACCGUUUCAGGGUGUACUUCUAAAAGCAAUAUGAAACAAGGGGAAAAAAUCCCUUAAAAUGAAUAAAGCAGCAAGUUACACAUG